CAACCCCAUCGAGAUGAUGCUGGCAAGCAACUCAUCUAAGGUGGAGACAGACAUAAUGAACCUCUGGAACCAGAACAUCUCGCACUUCGGUUACGUAGACAUCGGGCGCCUCUACGUCUAUGGGCCGUCUAUAGAGCGCGUGCUGCACGUCUUGAAGCGCGUGUUCGAGAUGCUGAAAGGAAGGCAGAGUGUCGAGCGCCCCUGCUACACCUUGAUCGUCCUUCCGAUGAAUCAGCACGACACCUGGCUAGAGUCAAUCACCAACAUUUUUCGGACGUCUGGACACACACCGGACGCCUUGAUCGGCCUUGCGCACUUGGCGGAAGCGGAUUUCUACAGUGGUUAUGCGUGCCGCAUCCUGCCUCCCCUGUUUCUACAACUGCCGUCGAUACCAGCAAAAUUCCAGAAAGAUAACUAUUACCGUUACAACAUGAACACGACGCACACCAAUCUCAAGAUAUUUGCCACCCGAGAGAGGCCAUCUUCGGCGUUGUUCGUGACUGUGCCGAUGUUCGCCAAGUGGUACACUUACUUCUACGAUGAGUAUACGUUCGGGACGGAGUGCGGCGACACCGACCUGCCCUCUAUUUACGGCACCGUUGCCCAGGCCUGCCGCAGUCAGGACUGCAACACAACGUUCGUUACGACUCCUGAAAUGGGCGUUUUGACGGCAUGUAUUCAAAAUUAUACGGUUCUAACGUACGAGAAUGAUGAGUCCUACCGAUACAAGCUGUGCAUAAUGAAGAAGAACAUGACCCGUGUGCGGUACGGCUUCCUCGCCAUGGACAUCGACACUGAUGACCCGUCCAACCACUGUGGUCUGGGUGGCUACGCUCGACUGCAGAAUCUGCGGCGGUUACUGGAAUUCUUCAAGAAUAACUUCACCUCACCCGAUGACUAUGAGGACUGCGUAAAAGGAUUAUAGCCGGUUGCAAGCACAUACGUUUUUUGCGGCCAGCAAUGUAUUAUUUAAACUGCCGGGACAUGCUCGUGCA